AAUAAAAAUAACAAAAGCUAUUAAUUAGAUUAAUGUUACCUAGAGGGCAGGGGCCCAAAAAAGAUGAUGACAUUGUCCAUUUUGAAAGAAACUUAAAAAGAAGGGGGGAAAGGAAAAUCACAAUUCCAAAACAUCAUCAAAACCAAUUCCUCGUUAACUCCGCUCUUUCUCUUUAUUCUUAGUUCCCCACUCUGCGAAUCCAUUCUUCAUCUUAAUUUUGAUAUCCAAUUUUAUCAAAUUCUGCUUUUGAUGUCUUUGUCCGUAGCAGUUGAGGUUUCCAGUUUAUUGAGGGAGAAUCGUUCACCAAUCUAUUCUUCCCUUUUCUAUUUGAUCUUCUUCGUUCCUGUUCAGCUUGGACACCAAAAUUUGGCAGUCUGUGUCCCCUAUCGAAGGCAAGAGACCUCUCCUCUCAGCUUCAAUUAUUCCCAUCCACAAAACUCUAACUUCUGCUUCUUCAAGGCUGCAUGCAACCUCCCUUUUCUUUCUGUUCAAAACCCAGAACAGAGUUUCCAUCAGAAUCCCUCACCACUCCUCCUAGCUCGAUUCCGCCUUCUCCAAAGUUAAUAGAUGCCCUAUGGUGGUUUGAACCACUGUUUGCAAUCCCGAUGUGCCAUGCAAAUAUGGAAUAUACUUCCUCUGCACCUGAGGGGAAUCAUCUAUGGCAGAGCGGCACGGGGAGAGGGAGAACGGCGCAGGGAUAGGGAGAGGAGAGGCAGAGCGGCGCGGGGAGAGGGAGAGGAGAGGCAGAGAGAAGACUGAAGAGCGCUUGCUGUGGCCGGCCGAAGUUAGGUUUUCGCGUCUCUGCUUCCCUUCCCUUUUUUUUUUUUAACUCGCGUAAAAACGGCGCCGUUUUACUUAAAUGAAACAAACCGCCGGGUUUAUUAAAACCGGCCGAAAUUUCGGCCCAUUGCGGUCCAACCGCAAAUACCGCCCGACAGGAAUUUGAAGGGUACAAAUACCCUAUUGGGCCGUUUUACCUCCGGUUUCCGGUAUUCCCGGUCCGGGUAUGAUUAGAUGGAUCAUGUAUGACGUUAUGGGUUUAAAUCAAAUGGAUUUGGGUUUGUACCCAUGCCCAAAUACAAAUUACAGUUUGGUACCCAAACUUAAUAGAUAUGCAUAUUUAGUACCUAAAUUUAAUUUUUUUUGCAUAUAAGUUCUCAAAAUAUCGAUGGAAAAUUACGUUUUGGUACCUAAAUUUUUUUGGUUUUACAUUUUGGUACCUAAACUUUUCAAGUUUUGCAAAUAGGUCCAAUUUUUGCAUGUGUAGUUAAAACACCCUCAAGUAAAUGGAUAUCCAUAUCCAACCCAUACCCAUUUAGAUUGUGGAAGCCCCAAACCCAAACCCAUCUAUAAACCCCCAAAUCCAUAUGCACUUCACCCAUACCCAACCCAUUAUCAAUGGGUCUACUUGGGUUUGGGUAUAAUUACCCAUAGGUGGGUAAUUUGCCAUCCCUAUUUCCUGUACCCGAUGCAUUUACAGCAGACCUUUCCUCAAUUCCCACUAAAUUGUAAGCAUAUACUGAUAUUAAUGUUAUACAUCGAUUCCAGACCAUCUCCUGGAGUACAUUGUUGAUAAGCUUGCAGACCAAGUCUAGAUGAAAAUAUGCAGCUGAUUUCAAAAUAACAGUAGGCUGCACUAAAAUACAAAAAGCAGUUCCACAUUGUCCUCAUUGAUAUUGUAAAGUGAGUCUUCACGCUAGGCAGCUGAAGAAAAUAAUGACAACUUCAUUUUCUUCUUACAUAAGCCAACAAGAACUCAGAAGUAGAAAGAAUGACUCAAGGGAUUCACAUCGUUUGGGUCUUGGGGCACAUGAAAGUUCAAUUGCAGCUGAAUUCGAUGACAGCCAUUAGUAUUAUGAGGAACAACAAGGACGACAGCCACCGUCAUGGGUUGUUUGCAUUUCAAGUUAGACAGCUUCUUGAAAGAGAUCGGAGAGUUCAUAUCUCCUAUGUUCAUAGGGAAAGAAAUUUUGCGGCCUGACUUCUUAGCUUGUAAAGGCCAUAAUGCUUCUUUUGGUACACAUCCUUUCGAUGUAGAGGAUCCGGGUAUGAUUAGAUGGAUCAUGUAUGACGUUAUGGGCAUCGCCAAACCCCGCUUUAUUAGCAAUGUUAAUUAGGUCCGUCCUUCUACCCAAAAAAGAAAGAAAGAAUGACUCAAAUUCAACAAUGUAUUAACAAACUUUCUCAAUCUGAAUAGAAUAAAGACCAUGAACAUUA